CAUCAAUCGUGACCCACUUUCUCUUUUUCCACAUUUCCUACCUAGUCUAGCCUGCUCUCUUUGACCAGGGGAAGGAAUAGUCUGCUGGGGGAGGGUGAAAAUGGGCAUGAUGGAAGGGUACGAGUGCCGGUACCUGUAGAUGGAGGUUCAAUCCUUUGAUCGGUCCACUGAAAAACACGAUGAAGCUGCUGUGGAAACCUUGCUUUGUUUUGCGCUGCAAUUUCAUGCUUUACGCGAUUGUGUCUGAUUGAUAUCUCGUUGGUUGGAUGAUACAGCAUGGGUAGGUAAAGGUAAUUUAUUGGAUAUCGCCUUCACACUCGCUCACCUGAGAUGUCAACAAUUUCAGGCAAACAAGGGGCCCUGAACCAAUGGAUAUUCUCAAGUUACACGUACGGUACCUGCUGGAGUACAGUACUGUACGAGUACUGCACUGUACAGUAAUCCGCAUUCGACGAUUCCUGGGCUGCUACCGUCCUUGAAUGCAGAUACGGUAAGGGUCCCUUCCCCCUGCUCCCCUGCUAGAAAAUACUCGAGCAGUGAAACUUUGUUUGGGUUGAGGUGAGUGAGUGAUUUUAUUUUAUUUUAUUUUUAAUGCUAUCAUAUGCACGAACAAGUUGUUUCCUUUUUCUGACUGACAUUUCCUAUUCUUUUGAGGCAAGUUGGAGCGUCACGGACGCUCUCUGGGGCUUGCGCGGUACUGGUGCAGUACUGCUACUCGAGCGCAGUAGCAAUUGGUCGCUUGUGCUGUGCCUGUCGUGCAACCCUCCGUGUCUGCUCGAGUAGGGGGGCUCUAAACCCUUCCUGUUGCUGUGACAUAGUGCACCUUGCCAAUGCCUGUCUGUCUCGCCUGUACUCGAGUGCUCGGAUAACUUUGUGGUAGGGCAGGGCAGCACCGUAAACUACCGUACUGCCACUAGCAAUCCGCGGGGCAUCAUACUCGGCAGCCGGGAAAAGAAUUGGGGGAGUGGAAGCCAUUCUCCUGGCAGCACUGCCCCUGUUUUGAUAUGAUAGUCCCAAUGGCAUGGGGGGAGGAAGGGAAGUGCACCGCGGACUGGAGCACUCGGAGCGAAUGAGACCCUCUUAUCGGAUGGAAUACUGCUCGUGAUGGGCAGGGAGGACUUCCAUUACCAGUAGGAUCAGCCCGGGCGACGCAUAUAAACCAACUACUAUUCCCGUCCGCUUCUCCUCCCUUCCACACUCCGCUCGCCAGUGACACUACCAACAACAACAACGACAACAACAAACAACGGAAACCCUCUCUAUACAAUAUAUAUAUAUAUAUAGACUACCCCUCGAAGUUUGGAACAUUCACAAUCCCAAAACAUCCUUUAACACAAAAAUCCUUUACUACUUUCUUACCUAGAAAGCUACCGACUACUGAUCAUCCCUUCAGCCAUUCUAUCAAACCGUCAAACUGAAGUACCCAAACAUUAAGAACUCCUCGAGCAAUUCACUUGUUCAACCCACCGAGCCAGCCGAAAUGUCCCACUACGCGGUCCAUACCGUUAACCCCUACCGGGGAUCCACAGGCACUCUUGCCAUGCCCCAUUCCGCUCCUCGCAGCGGUCAGAUGGUUCCCAUAAACCCCCCCUCCCCGGCCGAGUCUACCUGCUCAUCCUGCGAUUCUUCGCUCCCACUCAAUACCCCCUGGUCUGGGACCCCGACUUCUUCAACCACUUCUGUUUCUACUCACCACCAUCCUCACCACCCUAGCCGCCCACGAAGACAGUCCAUCAGUGAUGGUGUUAGGAUUGUUGAGGCUCCCCGCAUGUCAGCGGAUGGCCGCCCUCCUCCUAUCGUUGUUCACAGACGGCCCCCUGUGCCAUCUCCCCCGCCAACCUCUCGAUCACUGAAUGCUUACCACACCGAAUCCAGAGCCCACGGUACCUACCGUGGCGAUCGCGCUCUGCUUGUACCUGCAUCAUCUGGUCGUGAUCGUCGGCGACGGGACUCCAUGUCCGGUCCGCUCUCUGCGGGAGCACUUGCUAGCCACGGAUACACUAGAUAUUACAAGUCAAUCGAUAUCCAGGAUGAUCAUGAAGGCAAUGCAGACGGUGGAAUCGGUCGACGAGGCCGCACCAGGUUUCCACGGAAGCUUGUGAGCAAGGAAGCCGUUGAGGAGAUGGGACUGCCAUGGACUGAAGACCUGGACGGAUGCAUUGUCGUCCUGCGAGCACUCGGUAGGACCGAAAUCGAGAGAUUGGUGGAUCUGACGGAGGAGAUCCGACGUCGUCGUCACUCAACCGGCAAAGCGGUCUCCUUCGAAGAGAAGACUAUAAUCCACGAAGCCCCACCCUACGUACCAGAGCCACCCCCGGUUUCCGGUGCCACAGUGCGCCUUAAUUCUGAUCACUCUUCGCACCGUAUUUCCAAGACUGUCACUACAACUACCACCACCACAUCCCCAACUUUCGGACCAACAGGAUUCAUCGGAUUGCCCGGGUCUUCGCAGGAGAAGCUAGCGAGAGCUGAAGAGAAGGCUGCUAGAGCAGAAGAUAGAGCAACCAGAUUAGAGGAGAGGGCAGAGAUCACCGGAAGGGCGAAAGAUGAGCAUGAAGCUUUCAAAGCGAGAGCCAAAGCCCAGGAGAAGCAGCGUAAAGUUGGAGAGACGCUGCUGAAGGAGAAGGUCAAGAUGGAAGAGAGGGAGAGGUCUGAGAGGACAUUAAGGUUUCAGAGGGGUGAUGGCCGGGGGAAUGUGGUUGUUCUCAAGUAGUCUGCGUUUAGAAUGCUUUUUGAUUGUGAGGCACUUUGUUAAUUUUUUUCGGAUUGUUUUCCCUCGCUGUUGCAGCCAUUUGGUGUUUUCCUUUAUCGUUUUUGUAACUGUUGGAGUUGUCAUUUUACAUUUUAUCUACUUGUUGGGGUAGCCACGGAAGCAUUGCAUG